AUGACCGCGACUCAACAGAGUCGGACGACAUUCGUAGACACCUUCCCCCAUUCUCCUGCAACUCGCCUAGAGCAAGACUUAGAGGCCCACAUGUCCUCUGACUGGUUCAGCAAGGACGGCAAGGGCACUAUCUUCCUAGAAGGCCUCCCAGGGGUGGGCUACAUCAUCGCCGCGGCGCAGGCGAGCCAGGGCAACACCGAGCAAGCCAAACGCGCCAUCAUACGCAGCACCGACUCGCUGAUCACGACCGCGGGCGCCGUGGGCGGCGGGCUGGUCGCGGGGCCCGCCGGCGCCGUCUUUGGCGCCGCCGCAGGCAAGGUCGUCGGCAUCGGCUUCGAGAAGGCGACCGCGGACAGCGUGGACCCCAGGGCACGCCUCGGCGUCGGCGAACAGACGCUCGUGUCGGGCAUCCUCGAGGUCGCGACGAACGCCGCGGCGGGCGGCGCGGGCGGUAUCGGACGGGUGCUCUGCCAGGAGACCGCGAGUGCGACGGCCAGGUCGGCGGUAGGCAAGUUUGUGGGCUCGUCCGCUGCGUCGGCGACGAUGUUUUCGGGUGACGCUCUCCGAAGAGUGGUUGUAGCUGAAGGGGCGACGGAUGUAUAG